AUGGAGCCUGAGGACCUACCGUGGCCCGGCGAGCUCGAGGAGGAGGAGGAGGAGGGGGCGGAGAACUUGGACGAGGACGAGGUGGUGAUGGUGGAGGAGAUGGAGGAAGAGGAGAGACGGGAGCCGGAGGCGGAUUUUAACUACGAGAGCCAGCGUCGGGAGAGUACGGACGACGAGGACGACGAGGAGGCCAAAGCCUGGCUGCAAGCGCAACCCAGCGCCGCUUUGCCUCAGGCGUCUCUCCCGAGGCACCGCUAUUCGGAGAGCGAGCUCACCAGCCCCGGGAAGGUUCUUCCAUUGACCUGUCAUCUAUGGCAACAGCCAUUAUAUCAAAAUGAUAGUGGAACACAGAUUUCCGAUACUAACGUGGCCUCUUUGGAAAAGAUAGCUCCGUGGGGUUCUGGGGAUGAUCAGAGAACAGAAUCUUGGCAUUGUCUUCCUCAAGAAAUGGACUCUUCCUGUACCUUGGAUACAGCCCAGACUGGGUUUAAUAUGAGAGAGAAAGGGACUGAAGUGACCGACUUCACCUCUUUGGAGGAAGGAAUAUUGACCCAAUCAGAAAAUCAAGGAAAGGAUCCCAACAGAGACCUCUUAUGUUCUCCAUUGCUAGUCCUACAGGACAAUUUUGCUUCUCCUGAUUUGCCUUUGCUGACAUGUUUGACAGAACGUCAAGAGUUUGGGCCUGAUUCCUUAUUUCAUCAAAGUGAACUAGAUUUUGCACCUCUGAGGGGAAUUCCUGGUAAGUCUGAAGACACUGAAUGGUUUUCUCGACCGUCGGAAGUUAGUGAAGCUUUAUUCCAGGCAGCCUCAGGAGUAGCUUCAGACUUAGUUAACAGUUGCUUUAGUAUAUCUCAGCACCCACUUAUAGGUAGUACAGCUGUUAAGUCUCAGCACUCUUUGUUAACUCCUGAACAAGGAACUAAAGAAGAGACUGUUUCAUCUAAUACACUUGAUGAUCAGAAAACCUGCGAAGACUCUGGUAAUUAUGAUGCUGUUUAUUCAUAUAUAUCAUGGGAGACACAAGAAGUUAUGCAGGAGCCAGCAACCAAUUUAGCUGAUAAAGAUCAAGUUUCUUUUUCAACUGCAUCUGAUAUAAGUGAUGAAUACAUAAAUCCUAAAGGAAGUGACAGUUUUGAUGCUUCUUACUUAUAUGCACAGUAUGGGAACCAAGGAACUUUACAGCAAUCAGAAAAAUAUUUAGCCAGUAAGGACCAUGAUUCUUAUUCAGAUUCAUCUGACACAAUUGAUAGAAAUAAAAUUCCUAAGGAAAGUGACAAUUUCUCUUUAUCAAAUAUGCCGUGGAGCAAGCAGGGAGCUUCACACCAUCCAGAAAUAUAUCUAAUCAGUAAGGAUCGUGUUUCUUUUCCACGUGAAGUUGCUCCUCAUUUUAAUAAUAAAAUGCCACAUUCUUUCUGGCAUUGUUUGUUGGGAUCAGGAGGAAGCGAGGUUCCCUUGAUGUCUGAUAGUCAUUAUUUUGAGAACGUUUGUUUAAGGGCUCCUGUUGAGAAUGAGGUGAAACAAAAGGUGGAGAGUUAUAAAAGCAAUGAAGAUCUGGGGAAAGGAUUAUCUCAAUGUUUUGAAUUAAAGGAGAAUAGAAAUACUUUAGUGUAUUCAGAGGUGCAUCCCAGAUCUUCAGAAAUACAAUAUGUUGAGAAUGUUACAGUUCCUGAUAAUUCUGUAGAAGUUUCAGAAGCCCAUAUACUCUCCCGGGGGCUUGAUACCUCUACGAUGGAGAUUUCUGGUGGUCCUCUUCAGACUAUUAAAUCCAACUCAAAUGAGACAUCAGAACAACUGUAUUUUCAAGAAGAAAGAAACCAAGAGGCAACUUCUGUUUUUGAUGGGGAAAAUGUUGGUGCUACGAAAAAUGUAGCUUUUCAGGCAGUUAUUGCCUCUAUUGAACCUUCCAAGAAAGAGAGUACAGUAAAUGAAAUCCAAACUGACAUCAACAAAUCUUUAACAAAUGACAGCCAAGAAAGUGAACCAAAAAGUUCAGAUCCUUCCCUGUUAAAUUACGAUGAAAACCUUUUCCUUGAUAAACUUAAUCAUCCACGCUAUCAGUCUACUCCUGCGGUGUUUGAAUCAGGAGCUUCAAAACCAUUGUAUAAAAAAGAUGAUGGUGAUAGCUCCCUGUACUGGCAUCACAAUUUAAAAUCAAUUCCCAGUGCUCCUCAGGAAAUAUUGAUUAAGCCACUUUCUGUUAGUCCAGAGCUUAAGUCAUCAUCUUCUUUAAGUGAAAAAUCUCUCAGACAGGCUGUUGGUCUUGGCAAAACAUGGUCAACUUUAUUUCAGUAUGGUAUAGACAAUGAACAGUUUCUUCCCAUUGGGAAGAUAAAGUCUGUUUCUGCUCUCGACCUUGCAGAGAAGUUAGGACCUUCAAACAUUAUUUACCCAAUGAAAGUAUGGACUUCAGAUUCUUUGGUUUCACAAGAUUUAAAGCAGCACACCUUUGAAGAAGUUGCAGAUUCCUCAAACUGUAUUUUGGGUAAGACUGUAAACUCUAGUUACAUCAUUGAAGGUCCAUCUGCAGCUGUAGGAAGCAGCUUUUCAGCAAACUUGGUGGCAUGUGAUGCAAAGUUACAAGGUGCUUUACCAGUGAUCAGUAAUGCACCAUUAAUUGCAGUUGGCCAAAAGACAUUGCUGAAAGCUGAUACGGGCCGAGGUGAAAUGCCUCGGCCUUUGGGAGCCAAGUGCAGUUUUACUAUACAUACAAUUAUGCAAAAUGACUCCUAUUUUGUAGAGGGCCUGCAGGGGAAGGCUGAAUCUGACAUCUGUACCCUGGAUGAUGAUACUGAAUGCUGUAGCGUAGAUGAAAAUGCUGUUGUAUGCAGUAAAAGACAAGAGAUAUGUGACCAAGGUGACUUGACUGGUGAGUGUGUUGAGCUAACAGGUUUAGAAAAUUUGCUUGAUGAUCUAGAGAUUUGUGACAGCUCCCUGCAGUGGCAAUCUACUGUACAGCUACCAUCUAAGGAAGACAGCAGUUUUGAAGAUUCUGUAUGUCCUUCCAAUACGGACAUUAAUGAAUCUUUUUCAUCUGUGUUGCCUCCAUUCGUUCCUCGUGAGCCAGCUAGAGAUUUGGAAUAUCACUCUUCAAAUCUCAGAAUGUUACGGGUAUCUCCUGACACCGCGUCAAGGACUGUCAGACGUUUAACAGGGGAUACUUCUAAAGGAGGCACAGCUGAAAUUCCUCAGUCCACCUUUAAACCAGGCAUCACUACCUUUCUUGAAGAUUCAGACACUGUAUCUCCUUUAUCCUUGUCCCCUGAGGACUUUCCUCAAUUGGCUGGAAGGUCUCCUCAAGUGAAGAAUAUUGGUGGAUAUACUGAUACUCUCAACCAGCAGACUUUAGUGGACAGUCGCCUAACUGAAGAGACUUUGAAAAUUUCAGCUAUUCCUGGCCUAGCUGACCAGAAGACUGGAAUAGCAGCAGUGUCCUCUAGUUCGUACUCACAAAGAGAGAAGCCAAAUAUCUUCUACCCACAAGCCUUGCCAGACAGUCAUCUAACUGAAGAGGCUCUAAAAGCUGGAGCUGUUCCUGGACUUGGUGACCAGAAGACAGGUCUAUCUACAGUUCCUCCAAGUUCCUACUCGCUUGGAGAGAAGCACAGUAUUUUCUACCCACAGGCAUUGCCAGACAGUCAUCAAACUGAAGAGUCUCUGAAUGUUUCAGUUCUUCCUGGACUAGCUGAUCAAAAGACUGGAAAACCAAUAGUACCUGCUAGUUCUUACUCAGUUGGAGAGGAGCCUGGUAUUUUCUACCAUCAAGUCUUACCAGACAGUCAGCUACCUGAAGAAGCUCUGAAAGUUUUGGCUUCUUCUAGACCGGUUGAUCAAAAGAGUGGAUUGCCUACUCUAUCCUCUACUGACUCAUAUGGAGAGAAGCCUCAUAUUUUCUAUCAACAGACAUUGCCAGAUAGUCAUCCAACUGAGCAGACUCUGAAAGUUUCAGCUGCUCCUGGAUUGGCUGAGCAGAAGACUGGGGUUCCUACUGUAACCUCUCCUUCUUACUCAAAUAAAGAGAAGCCCAGUAUUUUCUACCAACCAGAAUUGCCAAACAGACGUCUAAUUCAGGAGGCUCAUCAAGUUUCAGCUGCUCCUGGAUUGGUUGAGCAGAAGGCUGGGAUAUCGAUAGUACCCUCUACUUCCUAUUCACAGAGAGAGAAGCCUAAUGUUGUGUACCAACAAGAGUUGCCAGACAGUCAUCUAAUUCAAGAAGUUCAGCAAGUUUCAGCUGCUCCUGGAUUGGCUGAGCAGAAGACUGGGAUUCCUACAAUACCCUCUGCUUCCUAUUCACAUAGAGAGAAGCCCAGUAUUGUGUAUCAGCAAGAAUUGUCAGACAGUCAACUAAUUGAACAGUCUCAGAAAGUUUCGUCUGUUCCUGGACUGGCUGAGCAGAAGACUGGGAUUCCUACAGUACCCUCUACUUCCUAUUCACAUAGAGAGAAGUCCAGUAUUUUCUACCAACAAGAGUUGCCAGACAGUCAUCUAAUUCAAGAGGUUCAGCAAGUUUCAACUGCUGCUGGACCCCUUGAGCAGAAGACUGGGAUUCCUACUGUGCCUUCUACUUCCUAUUCACAUAGAGAGAAACCUCAUAUUUUCUACCAGCAAGAGUUGCCAGAGAGUCAUGUAACUGAACAGGCUCAGAAAGUUUCAUCUGUUCCUGGAUUGGCUGAGCAGAAGAUUGGGAUAUCAACAGUAGCCUCUGCUUCCUAUUCACAUAGAGAGAAGCCCAGUAUUUUGUACCAGCAAGAGUUGCCAGACGUUCAUGUAAUUCACGAAGUUCCAGAAGUUUCAUCUGUUCCUGGAUUGGCUGAGCAGAAGGCUAGGAUUCCUGUCAUACCCUCUACUUCUUACUCACAUAGAGAGAAACCCGGUAUUUUGUACCCACAAGAAUUGCCAGACAGUCAUCUAACUGAACAAGUUCAGAAAGCUUCAGCUGCUCCUGGACCUGCUGAGCAGAAGAUCAGGAUUCCUAUAAUAACUUCUGCUUCUUAUUUACAUAGAGAGAAGCCCGUUAUUUUCUACCAACAGGAUUUGCCAGACAGUCAUGUAACUAAAGAGGCUCAGAAAGUUCCAGCUGUUUCUGGACUAGCUCACCAGAAGAGUGGAAUACCGAUAGUGCCCCCUGCUUUCUACUCACAUGGAGGGAAGACCAGUCUUUUCUAUCAGCAGGAGUUGCCAGACAGUCAUCUAAGUGAUCAGACUCAGAAAAUUUCAGCUAUUCCUGGACCAGUAGACCAGAACACUGGCAUACAGACAGCACCCUCUACUUCCUACUCAUACAGGGAGAAGCCCAUUACUUUUUACCAGCAGGAGUUGCCAGGCAGGCUUCUAACUGAAGAGGUUCUAAAAGUUUCGGCUCUUCCUAGAACAACUGACCAGAACACUGGGAUAAUAACAGGGUCCUCUCGGUCUUACUUAUUUGGAGAGAAGCCAAGUGGUCUUUUCUAUCAGCAGGUGUUACCAGAUGGUAGUCUAACUGAAGAAGCUCUGAAAGUUUCACCUGCAUCGAGGCCAAGUGACCAGAAGACUGGGGUCCUCUUACUGCCUGCUAGUUCCUACUCACAUAGAGAGAAGCCUGGUAUUUUCUACCCGCAGGCCUCACCCAGCAGUCACUUAUCUGAAGAGACUCUGAAAGAUUCAGCUGUUCUUGGACCAGCUGACCAGAAGGCUGGGACAUCAGAACCUUCUGGUUCCUAUUCACAUAGAGAGGAAUCCAGUAUUUUCUACCAACAGGAGUUGCCAGAUAGCCAUAUAACUGGAGAGGCUCUGAAAAUUUCAGGUGUUUCUGGAACAGGUGACCAGAAAACUGGGAUACCUAUAGUAACCUCUCCUUCCUACUCACAGAAAGAGAAGCCCAUUGUUUUCUACCAGCAGAUCUCACCAGAUUCAUACCUUACUGAAGAGGCUCUGAAUGUUUCAAAUACUCCUUCACGGGCUGACCAGAAGACUGGGAUACCCAUAGUAACCUCUCCUUCCUUCCCAUAUAACGAAAAACCCAUUAUUUUCUACCAGCAGGCCUUGCCUGACAGUCAACUGACUUUGGAGGCUCUGAAGGUUUCAGAUGUUCCUGGACCAUCUGACCAGAAGACUGGGAUACCUACAGUACCACCUAGUUCCUAUUCAUAUAGAGAGAAGCCUGUCAUUUCUUACCAGCAAGAGUCACCAGAUCUUACUCAGGUGGCUUUGAAAGUUUUUGAGGUUCCUGGACCAGCUGAUCAGAAGAUUGGGAUACCACCAGUAACCUCUACUUCUUACUCACAUGGAGAAAAGCCCAUCAUUUCUUACCAGCAAGAGUUGCCAGAUGCUAAUGAAAAUGCUUUAAAAGGUUUAGGGGUUCCUAGACAAGCAGACCAGACCAUUGGUGUGCGAAUUGUGCCCCCUGCUUCCUAUUCACAUAGAGAGAGUCCCAUCUUUUCUUACCAGCAGGAGUUACCAGAUCUUACUGAGGAAGCUUUGAAAGUUUUUGCUCUUCCUGGACCAGCUGAUCAGAAUGCUGAGAUACCAAUAGGACCUUCUAGUUCUUACUCACAUAAAGAGAAACUCAAGAUUUUACCAGACAGUCAAAAGACUGAGUUACCAUUAACCCCCUCUGGUUCCUACUCACAUAGAGAGAAGCCCAAGACUUCAACUGUAAUUGGGCCAGCUGACCAGAAGGCUCCAUUAUUGACAGGUUUCCCUGAUUCUUAUCCUCAGAGAGUAAAGCCUAGUAUUUUCUUGCAACAGCAGUUGGCAGAUAGACAUCAAAGUGGAGAUAUUCUGAAGAUUUCACCUGUUGCUGAGCCAACUGAUGUGAAUUCUCGGAUACCAAUACCUCUUUCUAGUUCCCAUUCACACAGAGAGAAAUCUAGUAUUUUCUACCCACAGGAACUGCCAGAUAAACAUCUAAGGGAAGAUUCACUGAAGGUUUCAUCAGUUCCUGGACCAGCUGACAAAAAAACUGUGUUACCAGUGGUUCCUCCUAGUUCCUUUUCACAUAGAGAGAAACCAGCUAUAUUGUACCAUCAGGAUUUCCCAGAAAGACAUCUAGCUGAAGAUAACCUGAAGUUCUCAAGCAGUCUUGGGCAAGCUGAUCAGAUGAAUGGGUUAUCAACAGGUACCCCUGGUACUUACUCACAUAGUGAGAAGCACAAACUUGUUUCACAUCAUGUUCAAAGGCUAACAGAUAAUUUGGAUUCUUCUCACACCAGUGUUAUCUCAAAUAAUAUGCCUUUAAAUUCUCAGGCUGAUGGUAGAGUUGUAAUAAAUAAGCCAGAAUCUUCUGGUUUUGAAGAUGUUGGCUCUGAGGAAAUGCGGGAUACAGAAAACAGUUCCAAAACUCUUAAAGAGAUUCAGACACUUUUAAUGGAAGCAGAAAAUAUAGCACUAAGACGAUACAAUUUUCCUGCUCCCCUUGUCCCUUUCAGAGAUGUUAGUGAUAUUUCAUUUAUACAAUCUAAGAAGAUGGUUUGCUUCAAAGAACCCCUCACAACUGAUGAAUCUAAUGGUGAUUUGUCUCAGAGACAGUCAUUCACAGAAGAAAGCCCAAGCAACAAGUGUAUACAGAAGGAUAUUAGCACACAGACGAAUCUGAAAUGCCAGAGAGGCAUUGAAAAUUGGGAGUUUAUUAGUUCAACUACAGUUAGAAGUCCUUUACAGGAAGCAGAAGGCAAAGCCAGAGUGGCAUUUGAUGAAACCCUUAAACAAUAUAGGGCAGCCAGAUCUGUAAUGAGAUCUGAACCUAAAGAGUAUAGUAGAACCAUUGGGAAUAAGAUUGUUAUCCCUAUGAUGACUAUCAUUAAAAGUGAUUCAAGUAGUGAUGCAAGUUCUUGCUCAUGGGACAGUAAUUCCUUGGAGUCAGUUUCUGAUGUGCUUCUAAAUUUCUUUCCAUGUUCUUCACCCAAGACAAGCAUGACAGAUAGCAGAGAGGAAGAGGGGGUGUUAGAGAGUGAUGGUGGUCGAAGCAGUGUAGAUUCACUGGCUGCACAUGUGAAAAACCUUCUGAAAUGUGAAUCCUCAUUGAACCAUGCUAAACAGAUACUCAAAAAUGCAGAGGAAGAGGAAUCUCGGGUACGAGCACGAGCCUGGAAUCUGAAGUUUAAUAUGGCUCAUGAAUAUGGCUACUCCAUUUCAGAAUUAAAUGAAGAUGACAGGAGGAAAGUAGAAGAGAUCAAAGCAAAGUUGUUUGGUCAAGGGAGAACAACUGACUUGUCCAAGGAUUUACAGAGUCCACGGGGAAUAGGAUGCAAGCCAGAAGCUGUUUGUAGUCACAUUAUUAUUGAGAGCCAUGAAAAAGGAUGUUUCAGAACUCUAACAGCUGAACGACCCCGAUUGGACAGCCACCCUUGUGUUUUCAGAUCUGCUGAACCCUCAGAAAUAGUCAGAGGACAACGGAGCCCAUCAUCAUGGAGAACUAGGCACAUCAACCUUUCCAAGUCACUGGACCAGAACAACUCCCAAUUCAAAGUUUGGAAUUCCUUGCAGUUACAAAGUCAUUCCCCAUUUCAAAACUUUAUUAGUGAUGACUUGGAAAUUAGCAAGGGCCUUCGAAUGCCAUUUCAUGAAAAGCUGGACCCUUGGCUGUCAGAAUUAGUAGAACCUGCUUGUAUGCCACCUGAAGAAAUGGAUUGUCAUUCUUCAUCACAAAUGCUGCCCCCAGAACCCAUGAAAAAGUUUACUACCUCCAUCACUUUCUCAUCUCACCGACAUUCUAAAUGCUUUUCAGAUUCCUCUUUUCUUAAGGUUGGUGUUACUGAAGGUAGCCAGUGUUCUGGAGCAUCUGUGGGGGUAGUUAAUUCUCAUUUCACUGAAGAGCAGAAUCCUCCUAGAGAUCUAAAACAGAGAACCUCUUCCCCGUCAUCACUUAAAAUCAUUAGUCAGUCACCAGAUAAAGCUGUGACUAUUUUAGCAGAAAAUAGUAGCCAAAGCCAAAGAUUAUCUGUUGCACAUUCUUAUCAAGAAGAAAAACCCUUAGAAAAAUCAGAUUUUAAAAGCAGUCAUCCUAAGCCCAGUGCCAGUGCAAAUGAUAGUAAUUUCAAAGAAGUUCACUUUUCUGAUAAUCAUACUCUCAUUAGCAUGGGCAGACCAAAUUCCACACUAGAAGUAAAAGAGAAAAAUGUAACUAUUACUGCAGAUCUUCCUUCACACAUUUUUCUUGAACAAGAGGUCUUUGAACAAAGCACAGCCCCACAUGCAGAUCAGCAUGUGAGAAAACACCAUUCUCCCCCUCCUCAACAUCAGGAUUAUGUAGCUCCAAAUCUUCCUUGUCGUAUUUUUCUUGAAAAGCGAGAACCCUUUAAACAGAGCAAGGCCCCACAUGUAGAUCAGUUAAGAGAAAACCACUCUCCCCUUCCUCAGAGUCAGGAUUAUAUAGCUUCAGACCUUCCUUCUUCAAUUUUUCUUGAGCAGCGUCAACUCUUUGAACAAAGCAAGGCCCCAAAUGUAGAUCACCACCUGAAAAAACUCCAUUCCCCACUUCCUCAAAGUCAGGAUUCUGUAGUAGAAAAGAAUAAUGAACAUAAGCCUAAAUUACACAUUUCUGAUACGAUAGAUGUUGAAGCCAAAUUCAGUGAUGUGGUCUCCCCAUCAGUCCCAAAUCAAUGUACAGUAGCAACAUCUGCAUCUUCUCCACCUUCAAAUAGAAAAGCACUUUCUUGUAUUCGUAUAACUCUUUCUCCCAAGACUCCUUCCAAGUUGGAUAGUGGAAACUUAGAUAAAAGAUUGCAUUCAUUGGAUCCUGCCACUAAAACAAGGAUGAAUAGUGAGUUUAACUCUGACCUACAAACUAUAUCUUCAAGAUCAUUGGAACCAACCUCCAAAUUAUUGAUCAGUAAACCUGUAGCACAGAAUCAAGAAUCUUUAGGUUUUCUAGGACCUAAAUCUUCAUCGGACUUUCAAGUCGUACAAUCUCCUCUUCCAGAUAGUAAUGUUAUUACUCAGGACUUGAAAACCAUACCUUAUCAGAAUAGCCAGAUAGUAACAUCAAGGCAAACACAAGUGAACAGUUCAGAUUUGGAAGAAUAUUCCAAUCCAGAAGGGACUCCGGUAUCUGCAGAUCGAUCACCAGAGGAGAUUAAGACCCUGUUUUCUCCCUCCUCUGGAAAAUUAUCAUCUGACGCAGUCACUCAGAUAACAACAGAAAGUCCAGGUAAAGCCACGUUUUCAUCUGAAAUUUUUGUUAAUGCUGAAGAUCAUGGACGUGAAAUUCCAGAGCUCAACACACAGAAGUUGGGCAAUGUUCCUGUCAAGUUUGCUUCAUCAUCUUCAGUUCAACAGAUUACUGUUCCUCAUGGUACAGAUGGCCAGCCUUUACUAUUGCCAUAUAAGCCUUCUGGUAGUACGAAGAUGUACUAUGUUCCACAAUUAACACAGAUCCCUUCAUCUACGGAUUCCAAAUCAGACACCACCAUUGAGAGCUCACACUCAGGAUCCAAUGAUGCCAUUGCUCCAGAUUUCCCGGCUCAGGUGCUAGGCACAAGGGAUGAUGACCUGGCAGACACUGUUAACAUUAAACAUAAAGAGGGCAUCUACAGUAAGAGGGCGGUAACUAAGGCAUCCUUGUCAAUGGGGAAAAAACCCUUUCAGAAAGAUAAUGCAGAUGCUCAAGUUCUCAUCACUGGGGAUGAGGACCUCUCAGACAAAAACCAAGAAAAGGAGAUCUACACUAAAAAGGCAGUGACCAAGAUUGCUUACUCUGAAGAAAAAGAAUCCUUGCAGAAAGAUGCCACAGGUUCCAGUACUGCUGCUGCUUCACAGCACUCAACUCAACUACAAGACACAAAGACUGACAUUAAACAGAAAGAGGAGAUCCAUAGUAAGAGGAAGGUUACUAAGGAAGCCUGGUCAGAAGAAAAGAAAUCCUUACAGAUAGAUAUUGCAGAAUCCAAAUGUCAUUCGGAAUUUGAAAAUACUACCCAUUCUGUAUUCAGGUCAGCUAAGUUUUACUUUCAUCAUCCAGUGCACCUAUCAAGUGAUCAAGAUUUUUGCCAUGAAUCCUUAGGAAGAAGUGUUUUCAUGAAGCAUUCUUGGAAAGAUUUCUUUCAACAUCAUCCAGACAAACAAAGAGAAUACACUUGUCUUCCUUCCCCUUGUCAACAUAUGGAAAAGACUAAGACAGAUUAUACCAGAAUACAGAGCCUCAGUAUCAAUGUAAACUUGGAAAACAAGGAAUUGAAGCAUGCUUCUAAAAGUCAGGCUAGAGAUUUUCCAAAAUCUGACAAACAAAUUAAUGAUCUAAAAAGGGAUCCUAAGGCCACCCCAGAGCUAACAACCGAGCACACUGUGAGUUUGAAUGAACUCUGGAACAGAUAUCAGGAACGACAGAAGCAACAGAAACCUGAGUUCAGUGCCAAGAAGGAACUUUCCUUGGUGGAGCGACUUGAUCGUUUGGCUAAACUUCUUCAGCAUCCCAUCACACAUUCUCUUCAGCCCUCAGAAAGUACACAGGAUGACAGCAGAGGGGAACAAGAUGUUAAGGAAUGGGGUGAUAAACAGCAGCAGCAGAAAAACAAGCUUCAGAAAAAGAAACAGUAUAAAAGCCUGGAGAAAUGCCAUAAAAACACAGGUGAUCUUAAAAAAAAUAAGAUUCUUUCUACUCAUCAAGCUGGGAGGUCCAAUCAGAUUAAAAUUGAACAGUUUAAGUUUGAUAAAUACAUUCUGAGAAAACAGCCAGGUUUUCAUUAUAUAAAUAACACUUCUUCGGAUUCUAGACACUCAGAGGAUAGUGAGCUGCUCACAGAUACGGCCACCAACAUCCUUUCUACCACCACUUCUCCUGUGGAAUCAGAUAUACUGACCCAAACAGAUAAGGAAAUGACUUUGCAUGAGAGGAGCAGCUCAAUUUCCACUAUUGACACUGCCCGAUUGAUCCAUGCUUUUGGCCAUGAAAGAGUUUGUUUGUCACCCAGGCGAAUUAAAUUAUACAGCAGUGUCACCGACCAUCAGAGGAGAUACCUUGAGAAGCGGAGCAAGAAAAACAAGAAGGCAUUGAAUACAGGUUAUCCCCAAAUUACUUCAGAGCACACCAGAAGGAAACACAUCCAGGUGACAGACCAUGUCUCUUCUGACUCUGUUUCAUCUUCUACCAGUAGUUUCUGGAGCUCGAACUCUACCCUUUGCAACAAGCAAAAUGCACAUAUGUUAAAUAAGGGCGUACAAGCAGGUAACUUGGAGAUUGUGAAUGGUGUCAGAAAAAACACUCGAGAUGUUGGAAUGACUUUCCCAACUCCAAGUUCUAGUGAGGCUAGAAUGGAAGAGGACAGUGAUGUGACUUCUUGGUCAGAAGAAAAAAUAGAAGAGAAGAGGCUCCUUACCAGUUAUCUUGUGGACAGAAAGUUAAAGAAGAACAAGAAGAGCUGCUGUGAAGGAGUUUCAUGGUUUGUCCCUGUGGAAAAUAUGAAGUCUGGUCCUAAGAAGGAAAACAUGCCCAAGCUUCAUGGCCCUGGUGUCUCCUGGUUUGCACCAAUAACCAACACCAAACCUUGGAGGGAGCCACUGCGGGAACAGAACUGGCAGGGACGGCACAUGGACAGCCACAGUUCACCAGCCGGCCCAGGCAAAGAGCCGCUGAAGCCAUUAGUAAGGGCAACCCUCCAGGAAUCACUUCAGCUUCACAGACCGGACUUCAUCUCCCGCUCUGGGGAACGGAUAAAGCGCCUGAAGUUAAUAGUCCAGGAGAGGAAGCUGCAGAAUAUGUUACAGAGUGAGCGGGAGGCACUGUUCAACGCUGUGCAGGAAUGGCAGGGCUACCGGGACCCCAUGCACCUGCUCCGUAAGAGAGGCUUCCUGGCAGCCCAAAAGAAAAGGCCUAUUGGAAAGAAGGAAAUGAUUCAGAGGUCUAAACGGAUUUAUGAACAGCUUCCCGAAGUACAGAAAAAGAGAGACGAAGAAAAGAGGAGAUCAGAAUAUAAGUCAUACCGGCUGCGAGCCCAGCUGUAUAAAAAGAAAGUGACCAAUCAACUCUUGGGGAGAAAAGUUCCUUGGGACUGA